GUGAAAUUAAUGAUGGCGUACUGGGUUAAUCUCCAGGGACAAAAUGAGUGGCAUCCUGUCAAAAGUGUAUUAACAGAAUGUUGGGAACAUAAUGAAACAAAUUAUACUAGUUUUGGAUGGAUAGGUAAUGCAAAGGCAAGAAAUAUAGGAUUACACCAAUUACAGUACAGUAAUUCAGUUUCAAUAUCUUCCAUUCCUCCUUGGUUAUUCCCUUUACCAAAUGUUGACCUCAGUAUACAGCAGGAAUUGAAAGAUAAUUCGGCACAACUUCCAUCAUGGUUUAUAGUCCAGAAUUAUUUCAAGGAACAUUAUCCAGAAUCAGUGUUUUUAUUUACAGAUGGAUCCAAAGAUCCUGAAACAGGAUUUGCAGGUGCAGCAGUAUAUAUUCCAAUGAGAGAUUGUUUUAUUAAGAAAAGAGUAACCAAUCAUUUGUCAGUGUAUGCAACAGAAUUAUUGGCAAUAUUACUGGCCCUGCAGUGGAUAGAGGAGAAGAAAAUUAAAAACACCGUCAUUGCAUCAGAUAGCUACUCAUCACUUGAAAGUAUACGAUCAGGCAGGUCACUAGUUAGGAUGGAUAUUAUCAAUGAGAUAUUCUGUAAGAUGUAUAAUAUGAAAGUUAUGGGUAUUUCUACACGUUUCAUUUGGGUUCCUGCUCAUGUUGGUGUAGAAGGAAAUGAGAAGGUGGAUAUUCUGGCUAAACAAACUCUAAGAUUAAAACAAGUAGAUUUUCAGGUCCCAUUAAGUAAAGCAGAAGCUAAAGUACUCAUAAGAACAUAUGCACAAUCAGUAUGGCAGGUAUAUUGGGAUGAUAAUGAAACCGGUAGACAUUUAUACAAUAUACAAAAACAAGUUGGUGCUGGGAGGAGGGAGAGCAGGAAUCGAAGAGAAGGGAGUAUCCUAACUCGGAUGAGAAUAGGUCAUACUGGACUUAAUAGUACACUAUAUAAAAUCGGAAAACACCCAACUGGGGAAUGCAUACACUGUAGCCAACAAGAAACAGUUGAGCAUGUACUACUCCAUUGUAGGAAAUAUAGCAAUGAGAGACGUCAUCUUAUUCUAUCAUUGAAGAAAGUAAAACAUCAUGACUUUACUUUAUCAGGCUUAUUAAGGGAAACAGCUAGUAAGAUAUAUGAUGAUAUUAUUAAAUUUGUGAAAGAAAGUAAAUUAUAUAAAAGAAUAUAGCGUUUUGAUUGUUUUUUUUGUUUAUUUAUUAUGGUUCAUUUUCCAGUUUGUUUAUUUGUUUUGCUUGGUUUUUAUGUUCAUUUAUAUUUAGUAUAAAAGCAAAUAUCAUGAUCCAUACUCCAUUCCAGGUGGUGGCGGUAAUGCACCAAUAAGCUAGGUUGCCAACCGCCAAUAAACACCAAAGAAGAAGAAGAAGAUGAACUGAGUGGAGCCUCACCCACUGUGUCUGUCGUAUGCUCCCCCCGUCACAGUGUGUAUUUGCAUACCUCCGUGCACUCUGUUCGCGCAGACAUGAUAAAUAAUCAGCGCGUUCCAUUAAGCUAUUGCAGACCGAGCGAGACAUGAGGUAAUUUGACAGCGUUGCAUUCAACCCUCCACCAACGCCGUCUCUCAUUGUGUUGCAGAUGUUUUCCUCUGCAGGUAUACUGUCCUGAAUGACUCGCUUUUGUUGAGAUGACUUCCAAGAAAGGAAGUGUCCUCAUCCUUGGGAAGCUGCGAUUGUUUUGAACUAUUCAUAGUCUCAUUUAUUUGAAUCUCCACCGAUUGCACUUUUCAGUCCGUUUUUCACUUUGGUAAAAAAAAAAAAAAAAAUGUGUAGCACUGACAUGCUAUUUCUAUUGUUUUGGUUGCUGCUAAUAAUGCGGCUGGUGUAUGCUAAUAGGCAGGAAACUGCAAAUGCUGACAUGAACAACUUUAGUGGAGCACACAAUUUUAUUUGAAAAAAGAAAUUUAAUUUUUUUUAAUUGACGAAAUAUUUUAGUUUGUCUUGUAUAAUUUUUUGUAUUAGAUCAUAUAACGUUUUAAGCUGUCAUAUGGUCAUGUUAAAAAGUGCCCCUCAGAUGCUACAAUGUACCCCACCUACAUGGCAUGUUGUCACAUUUCACUUCCAUUUUUUGAGGGUAAAUAAAGAAAAAUGUAUACACUGUACUUAUAAAACAAAGCGACAUAUUUGUACUAGACAAGUGUGAAAUUACUGUGGAUAAAAAUAUACUCUGAACCCCCUGAGGAUUUACACAAAUUGAGAAAGUCAAAAAGUGUUAGGUUGUGCCCUGUGCUCCCCUACACCUUACUGUACACGUUUUAAAAUCUAAAAUUCUUCAUCACACUGAGCUUUAAGAUGUCUGUCACCAUUUCUUUCAUAUGUAUUGAUCAUAGAAUAUCAUAUUUUCAAAAGCAGUUU